AUGCUGCCAACUCGCAAGGCCAUAAUCCUCGGCGCAGGCCCAGCAGGCCUCUCAACAGCUCUAUGCCUGCGCCAAAUGACCGACAUCAAACCGGUCAUCUACGAACUGCGGCCAAAGCCGACAACCCUCGGCGGAGCCAUUGGCAUUACCUCCAACGGCCUUCGCCUUUUCGACCGUCUCGGAGUCGCAGACGCUCUGAUCAAACGAGGGAGCACACGAACAGAUGUCGCUGUCUACUCCCUCAAUCAGGGAAAGCUGGGCCGCUUGCACGACUUCGCGGCACAUGUGCGUGCCGAGACUGGGUACGGAUAUGUGCGAAUCAAGCGGGUGGAUAUCGUGGAUGUGUUGAUGGAGGCGGUGCGGAAGGCUGAGAUUCCGGUACAUUUUGGAAAGAAGGUGCAGAAAGUUGAGAAUGGAGAGAGUCGCUCGGAUGUUCGGGUUCAGUUUGAAGACGGCUCGUCGGAUCGAGGAGAUAUCUUGGUCGGCUGUGACGGGAUUCAUUCGGCGGUCAGGAGAAUGUGUAUUGAUCCGGAAUCGGAACCGGAAUACUCUGGACUUUCUGGCAUGUUCUCCACGAUCCCCGCUUCAGCCGUGUCGACCAAGGUGACCAGUCAAUUGACGGGUUUGAACGUCACCAUUACCGCACAGGGGAUGUUCAUGGCAGCACCAUGCACAGCCAGCCAAGACGAGAUCUACUGGGGCUUCCAGCGAGAAGUCGCGAUGCCGAACGUUGGAGACACCCGUGACGGCUGGGAAGUUCGAGGGCGGCAAGAAGUCGAUGGGUUCAAAGACACCUUGCGCGGAAUCAUCAAAGAUGGGGGCGGAAAGUGGAUCGACGCCCUCCGAGAACUUAUCGAUGCAACAGAUGUCAUGAAAUUCUACCCGAUCUACAGACUACCGCUCGGUCGAGCCUGGUCGAACGGUCGAUGUCUCAUUCUUGGCGACGCAGCACACGCCACACAGCCGCACGCUGGCCAGGGCGUCUCAUUAGCUGUGGAGGACGCUUUUCUCAUCUCUCACCUCCUAUCAGACUACACCCGACCAGUCUCCGAAGUUAAUGAUCUGUUCGAGCGAAUCCGGAGACCUCGUGUGGCAGCCAUCCACCAGACUGCAUCUCAGAACUCAUCGACUCGACGUAAUGCCGAAGCUCCUGGUCAGGCUGUGAAAGAAGAUGCAUUGAGGAGUGCACUUGCUGCUUCGUCUGGACGGAUAGCGAUUUCGAAUCAGCUUUUGGGGCAGAAGUAUGCUACUUAUGACAUCGUUGGGGAGAGGGUGUAG